UACAUGGCCUGAAGGUAAAUACCCGAGCAGGGGCUGCUAAUAAUAGCACUUCGGCAGUGGCAGAGUCCCUUCCAAGCAAUAGCUUGAAAAAAUCUUCUGCAGAGCUGAAGAAAAUCCUUGCCAAUGGCCAGAUGAAUGAACAAGACAUACGGUAUCGAGACAUCCUCGGCCACGGCAAUGGAGGCACAGUCUACAAGGCAUAUCACGUCCGGAGUGGAAAAAUCCUGGCAGUGAAGGUCAUACCCUUAGACAUAACACUGGAACUCCAGAAGCAGAUAAUGUCAGAGUUAGAAAUUCUUUAUAAGUGUGACUCAUCAUAUAUCAUAGGAUUUUAUGGUGCUUUUUUUGUAGAAAACAGGAUUUCAUUAUGUACAGAGUUCAUGGAUGGGGGUUCUUUGGAUGUUUAUAGAAAGAUUCCAGAGCAUGUUCUGGGAAGAAUAGCCGUGGCUGUUGUGAAAGGUCUGACCUAUUUAUGGAGUCUCAAGAUUUUACACAGAG